AUGACGGCAGCACCCGCGAUGGCCUCCGGGGUCUCCCUUCCCCGCGUCGCCUCAUCAACAUCAACAUCAGCGUCACUCCGGCGUUUGGCACUCUUCAUCUUCAGUUUUAUCGCCAUCACCAGCUUCGUACCAACAGCCAUGGCAGACAACGGCUUCGUCAACAUGGUCUACUACCCUAAUUGGCACGCCUACCAGGGCCAAUCGCCGGGCAAAAUGGAUCUGAAGCUCGUCACUCACGUCUUGUACUCCUUCAUCGGCGUGAACACGGACGGCUCUCUGAUGGCCAUUGACAACAACGCCGACAACGUCAUCCAAAUGGACGGCGAGAAGGGUGCUCUGUUGGCCCUGGCCAAGGUGAAGCAGAGCUACCCCGGCCUCAAGACCCUCAUCUCCGUCGGCGGCGCCAACAACAGCAGGGAGUUCCCCGUCAUGGCCGCCAGCGCCGACGCCCGCAAGAAAUUCGCCAAGGCCAUCCACGAGUUCGUCGACAAGUACAGCUUCAAUGGCGUUGACAUCGACUGGGAACACCCAGACGACCCGACUGCCGGAACCAACUACAUUGCCCUCCUCGAAGCCAUCCGCAACGAAAUGCCGGCCGGCAAGUACCAGCUCACCUCGGCCCUCCCGCCGGCGCAAUGGACGCUACGCAACUUUGAUAACAAGCGCGCCGCUGCGGUCCUCGACUACAUGAACCUCAUGUGCUACGACCUCACGGGUCCCUGGACCUCCGUCUCGGGCAACCACGCCCAGCUGUUUGCCUCGUCAACGCUCGCCAGCAAGGACGCCGAACUCCGGCUUGCCUGUUCCGACGGCGUCGACUACCUCAUCGCCAACGGCUUCCCCAGCCGAAAGAUCGUCAUGGGCAUCCCCGCUUACGCACGCACGUUUCCGUCCGCCAAGGGCCCAGGAGGGACCUCGACCGGCUCGGGCGAGAUGGACUACAAGGACCUUCCUCAGGAGUGGAUUGACAAGGCCAUUGUUGACGAGGUUGCGAUUGCCGCAUCCUACGUCGACCCGGUCAGCGGUUUUGUGACCUUCGACACGCCGAGGGUUGUCACGCUCAAGGCGAACUACGCGAAGCUCAAGAAGCUCGGUGGCCUGAUGUACUGGACUGGCUCCGGAGAUCGUACCGGGAAAGACAGUCUGGUCCUGGCUGGCUGGAAUGCUAUCAACGGAAGGUAA